UGUGUGUAAAGUUGCGGCGCUGCUGUCGACGUCCAGUGUCUUGUCAGUCACAGACACACCAUCAUUGUAAGUCUUCAUCACCUGAGUCAACGAGCAUCAUGAGGUACAGGGUGGUCACUACUUACCUCAUGUACCUGCUGUUGGUGCCAAGCCUGGCUCAACAGUUAAAAGCUCGUGUGGUCGGUGGCACAGCGGCGGCGGGACGUCUGGAAAUAUUUUACAAUGAAACUUGGAACACAGUGUGUCAUAGCGGUUUUGGACAGGAAGAAGCUUUGGUAGCCUGCAGAAUGUUAGGACUCAACAGCACAACAGCAGUAGCCGUGGGGUCAGCGAAGUACAGACAAGGCUCUGGUCCUAUUUUGUUCAGUAAACUACAGUGUGUGGGGAACGAAACCAGCCUGGCGCAGUGUGAACACCCGGGGUUCUACAAACACGGCUGUGACCACUGGUGGGAUGUCGGCGUCAUGUGCAACAUUACUCAAGAGUUCAUAGCUCGUGUGGUCAAUGGCACAGCGGAGGCGGGACGUCUGGAAAUCUUUCACGGUGGAACUUGGAACACAGUGUGUAGUAGCGGUUUUGGACAGGAAGAAGCUUUUGUAGCCUGCAGAAUGUUAGGAUUCAACAGCACAACAGCAGUAGCCGUGCGGACAGCCAAGUACGGAGCAGGCUCUGGUCCUAUUCUGUUCUAUGACCUGCAGUGUGUGGGGAACGAAACCAGCCUGGCGCAGUGUAAACACCUAGGACUGUACAUACACUACUGUGAACACUGGAUGGAUGUCGGCGUCAUGUGCGGCUUUAGCUCUUCUGUAUGGGGACAAUGGGAGACCUGGUCAGCUUGCAGCGCCACCUGCGGAGACGGGUCAAGGUCACGGCGGCGCCCGUGCAGCCGCACACAAGGCGCAUGUCCAGGGGAGGCUACACAGACCGACACGUGUAGCAACACCGCGUGCUGUGUUCCUCAAGAUGGACGGUGGAACGACUGGGGCAGCUGGUCCUCAUGUUCUGUGUCUUGUGGUCAAGGAACACGUACAAGGUCAAGGACGUGUCAUGGAAUGAAUGACUGUGGACGACCUUGUGAGGGGAACAGUGCAACAGAUGAAUACUGCAACGAUUAUGCGUGUCCAGCUUGGGGAUCGUGGAGCAGAUGGACAUGCAGCGUCACCUGUGGAACAGGAACAAUGUCAAGGACGCGUACCUGUACUCCGCCAGGUGCCACGUGCUCAGGUGACGCCAGUGACCAACAAGACUGCCAGCGUCCGGCGUGUUGCGUUCCUCAAGAUGGACAGUGGAACGACUGGGGCAGCUGGUCCUCAUGUUCUGUGUCUUGUGGUCAAGGAACACGUACAAGGUCAAGGACGUGCUCUGGACCAAAUGCCUGUGGACGACCUUGUGAGGGAGACAGUUCUUCAGAGGAAUACUGCAACUUGUCUGCGUGUCCAGCUUGGGGAUCGUGGAGCAGCUGGACAUGCAGCGUCACCUGUGGAACAGGAACAAUGUCAAGGACGCGUACCUGUACUCCGCCAGGUGCCACGUGCUCAGGUGAUGCCAGUGACCAACAAGAGUGCCAGCGUCCGGCGUGUUGCGUUCCUCAAAAUGGACGGUGGAACGACUGGGGCAGCUGGUCCUCAUGUUCUGUGUCUUGUGGUCAAGGAACACGUACAAGGUCAAGGACGUGUUAUGGACAAAACGCCUGUGGACGACCUUGUGAGGGAAACACUUCUACAGAGGAAUACUGCAACUUGUCUGAGUGUCCAGAUUGGGGAUCGUGGAGCAGCUGGACAUGCAGCGUCACCUGUGGAAGAGGAACAGAGUCAAGGACGCGUACCUGUACUCCGCCAGGCGCCAGGUGUGCAGGUGUCGUCAGUCAAGCACAAGAGUGUCAGAGACCAGAGUGUUGUGUUCCUCAACAUGGACGGUGGAACGACUGGGGCAGCUGGUCCUCAUGUUCUGUGUCUUGUGGUCAAGGAACACGUACAAGGUCAAGGCCGUGCUAUGGACAAAACGCCUGUGGACGACCUUGUGAGGGAAACAGUUCUUCAGAGGAAUACUGCAACCUGUCUGAGUGUCCAGCUUGGGGAUCGUGGGGCAGCUGGACAUGCAGCGUCACCUGUGGAAGAGGAACAGAGUCAAGGACGCGUACCUGUACUCCGCCAGGCGCCAGGUGUGCAGGUGACGCCAGUCAAGCACAAGAGUGUCAGAGACCAGAGUGUUGUGUUCCUAGACAUGGAGUGUGGAACGACUGGGGCAGCUGGUCCUCAUGUUCUGUGUCUUGUGGUCAAGGAACACGUACAAGGUCAAGGACGUGUCACGGAAUAAAUGACUGCGGACGACCCUGUGAGGGAAACAACUUGCUAGAUGAACCGUGCGACCUUCAGGCCUGUCCAGGUUAUUGAGAAGUUUUUAAAUGUUCAGUCAGAGUACUAUGCAAAUGCCUAAAGGCUUAAUAAAAGUAAAUUUUACUAAACACAUUUCACAGCGUGCAGGAGACGAGACUUGAACUCACGACAGCCAAUUGUCCAGUUAUUUGUGACGUGUGUUACCGGACUAUCCAGAAACGAUUACUAAAGUAUUAGUGACCUUCACGUGCAUCAUUUCAAACAAUACCCAGGGUUCAGUCAGCGCACUUCCUCGCUGACAGAUGUUGUGAGAGUAUAAAUCCGCCUUGUGUCCAGUAUUGCCAAGACAAUCCUGGCAAGCCAGUCUCUCUGACUUGAACAUGACUAUCAGGAGUAGCGCUUACUAAAAAUAGAUCGGUUUGCGGCAAAGUUGGGCAAUAAUGCAUAAUUUGAUUGCUUUGAAAUUUAAAAAAAAACGCCACAAAACUUGUCUUCCCUAGAAACAACCACAAUUUAUAUGAUUUACGUGUUGUUGUUGACUUUUAAGAACGCUUACUCCAGCCACGCGGUGCUUGUCGAUGUUUACCGCACGUGUUUUCCAUCCGGGUAUUUUAUUUAUUUCACGAUCCGUAAUGUGUUCCUCCAUUGUGAGACUCCGUGCUCACAGACGUUCGCGACAUAAACCACUUGACACAUUGUCCUACUGUCCAGUCUAUGACAUUAUUAUACACAUUCAUCCUGAGUGAAAAGAACAGAAAAUAUAUUAAUCAGAUAGAAUGUUCCUUAACCACAACAGCAUUCUUUAAAGCAUUCACUAUUUUUUCAAUCUUCUCUUUUUCUACUUUCCUUGUCACAUUGCUAAUAUAAAAUAGUUUAGUUUUUAUUUAUUUGUCUCGUGUGUCGUCAACUAUAAAGUAUUUGAAAUAUUCAGUGUCCUUGCCAGACUCUUUUCUCGCCAGUUUUCUUUUGGUCAGCAGGAGAAGGAAGAGGUGCUUUGGACUCAACAGUGUGACUUGUGUGCUGCCUUCAUUUCCUGAAAACUGAUGAAACAAAUUAAAUUAGACUUUUUAGAAAUGAUUUCAUUAGUAAACAUUA